AUGGAUAAAUAUAAAAAUUCAAGACAAAAUUUUCCUCAUUAUACUCAAUAUGAACCCAGAUAUAGGCAAAAUCCUAUACCUCAAACAACCUAUAAAGAUGCUCUGGAGAAAAAACAGACUGAGAGGAAGGUGGAAAAUAAAUAUGAGAAGAAAGAAUGGAGGAAUUAUUAUGAUUAUAAACCCUAUUUUAGAUCUCGGAGAGUUAGUUUUAGGGAUAAACGAAGGGAUGAAAAUGAAAGAAGGAGUAAUAGACUACAAGGGGAGAGAGAAAGGAUUUCUGAUCAGUCCCCCUAUUACGAGAGAACUACACAGAGGAGAGAUAGAGAAAGACACCAGCCCCAAACCAGAGAACCCUUAAGAGUGUAUAAUCAGUAUCAAGCCUUGGAGAAUAGAGAAGGGGAACAGGAUUUUUGGAGGAGUCGAAUUAUAGAAAGACACAAGGAAGAACUAAGGAGAGAUUUUCCCCCAAACCUCAAGAGACGAAGGUAUUCGUUUCAAGAGGAAAGAGAGGAGGAAAAUCAGUCAAAGAAAGACAAGAGAGAAAGGAAAGAAAAAGACUAG